AUGUACCUGGAUGUUCAAGACAGAAAUUUUCAGAAGAAAAAGCUGUACAAUGUGAUAACAAAUAAAGACUAUUCUAAUGUACAGAGCAUUAUAGAUUGUUUUGAGAUAGAAAUAGAAAAACCAAACAAACCUGUAGAACAAUCAGCUACAUGGUUGCAGUACAAAAACUGCAACACCAUAAAAUAUUUAAUAAGUGCCAAUCCUGAUGGUUUCAUAACCUUUAUAUCUAAAGGAUAUACUGGGAGAAUCACAGAUGUUAAAUUAGUAGAGAAAAGUGGUUUCCUCGACAUUGUUAAGCCAAACUCAGUUGUUUUAGCUGAUAGAGGUUUCAAACAUCUUGAAAGUAGUCGUCGUCCACCUUCUGUAUCAGCUAAUAAAAAGAUGACCAAAAUGGAGGCUAUUGAAUCCAAAGUGAUAGCUAGCCUGCGAAUACAUAUAGAAAGAGUGAUACAAAGAGUGAGAUUGUACAAGUUUUUGAAGCCUCAUUCAACUAUAAAUAAUAAAUUGGUCAACUGUGUGGAUGAUGCAGUUGUUGUGAAUUGUGGGCUGAUAAACUUGCAAUCACCCAUAAAAAAGAAUUUUUAA